AAUAAAUUAAACGUAUAGAGGGGGAACUAGGAUAGUAUAUAAGAGAGAUAAAGUAUAGAAGAGCGCAAGGGGAAACAAGAAUGGGUAGAGAUAAAGAAAAGGAGAAGUAGGAGAAGGAGAAGACGAGUAUGGAUGGGCAGGGGUAGGCUUCUUUGCAAGCGGUUUUGUCUACGAGCAGUACUAGCGACAGGUAUGGCAAAGCGAAGAUGAUUCCAAUGUAUUGCCUUAUUCGCGCGUACGUGUGUACAGACCUUAAACGUCCUGUAAGAGAGAGUGGAAAUCAAUAUUUCAUCAAUUUACAUAUAUAUUUCCGAGCAACGUCUCCGAAAAACUUAUUACACGUUGAAAAUGUUAAAUUAAUGGAAGGACACGAAAGGAACAAAGGUGAUGAUAAUAGAGGAAGAAAGAAAGAAUAGCAAAAGUGAGAAAGAUAGAAAGUACGCACGCCUUUGGUGUGUGAGAGAGAGGAGAAAGGAAGAGAGAGAGAGAGAGAGAGAGAAGGGAGUAAUACGAGAGUGACAUGCAUCUUGCAACGGCAUUUCUUCUCGUAUCAUUCCUAGCGAGUCAUUCAGGAUUCGCCGGUGGAAAUGCAAAUGCCAAAAUAAAUACAGUAAAGAUCGCAAAGUGUUGCGAACUCAGUGAACUUCUUCUGGACGACACGUGCACACCAUUAUCGGUUACAAACGAAACGAAACCAUGGCAACCGGAAUAUACCGAAGACAAAGACUCCGACCUUUUGUUACGAACUCAAGUUACUCCAGAUUAUCGUUUUGGAUUACCUAAAUGUCAUAGUAAUGAACAUCAAUGGCAUGUAUAUUAUUAUCCUUCUGGACCAGAUAGAUUGGCUAUUGUAUUACCCUUUGGCAAACUUAGACAUUAUAUCGAUGAUCUAAAGAAAGAAACAAGCAGAAAUGGCGAAGAAGUCGUAGAAUCAUUCAGAUUUGAUGACGAAGAAGAUGAGAAAUCUAUUCACUAUGAUUAUUCUUUUGGGAAAUAUUGUGCAGAUAAAGCUAUCUUAAGUAGAGAUCAUUUAGUUGCUACCUAUGCUAUGAUAUGUGUGCCUGAGGUACCUGUUCAGUGGACAGAUGCCAAUUACUUGAUGAAACAUGCUAUUGAUCCUGCCUUUCAUGCCAUAUCUAUAGCAGCAUAUCUUAUUGUCGCAGUAAUUUAUUUUGUUUUACCGCAAUUACGAGAUCUUGUAGGUAAUAUGAUAACUACUAUGACACUGUGCCUUAUAACGAAUCAAUGUGCCUCAACAGUAAGAAUAUUCACUGAACUUGGUAGUCAUGUUAGCUUUAUGAUAGCUGAUACAGUCGCAUAUGUGUCUUUAUUAGCAGCUUUCUUUUGGCUCAAUGCUUUGGGCUAUUAUGUUUGGAAUACAUUCAGAUCUCGUAAUGUAUUUUUGCGUAUAACUGAUGGGAGAAAAUAUUGUUACUACUCCACAUAUGUUUGGGGAUCAACCAUUACUAUUGCUGCAACGGCUAUUUUUGCUCAUUUUGCAUUAGAAACUGAUAAACCCUCUAUAGGUGGUACAGUAUACCCUGCUCAAGAAACUGUUGGCUGGCUAGCUCUUUCAGUAUUAUUUAUGUCUAUUGCUCUUACAAUAAUAGUUGACUUUUGCUUUGUUUUAACAACAGCAAACAGGAUUAAAAGAAUGAGUACAUAUGGCAGAAUUCAUCAUAAAAUGAAAUACAGCUUCAGAAUGUUUGUUUUUCUGUUUACAAUAAUGAGCAUUAGUUGGAUAUCUUUAUUACUGUCAGGAUUAAAAUAUGAAGCUUUAGCAUAUUGCCACAUUAUUGUUAAUUUGUUACAAGCAAUUUUUGUACUUUAUAUAUGUGUAUUUGGUCAAAAAAGAGUCACAUUUUUACUUGGAAAAACAUGCAAUUGUUGUAAUACUGGAGAUAAUAUUGAAGGCCUUGAUUGGGGAGAAGAGAUGACAGCAAUAAAUGCAGGUUAUUAAAGUGCAUUUAUGUUAUAUUUUAUAAAUAACUCUGACUGAAUGUCCAAAUAAGACAUAUCUAAUGUUUAAUAUCAAUAAAUCUUAAAUAGUGUUAUGAUA